GCCAUUCGCCGUGUGGGGUGGAAUUGGAAUUGCGAAAUUAUUGAUACCUACUGGGUGAAAAACCAGACAACCAGCAAGAUAUUCUUGACUAAAAACAUUGGGCCUCGGUAAUAUCUGGAUUGCGUCAGCUAGCUGGCUAGCUGGCAAUAUGUGAUAGGAGACAAGCUAUGUAGGUCAGUAUUAAAAUAUAAAUUAAAUGAUUAUCUUGAAUUAAAAAAUGGAUAAUUCUGUAAUUGGGUCUUUGCCUGAGGGAUGGGUUAUCAAGACAUCUCGCUCUCAAAAAGGAAAAGAGUAUUUCUGCAACCCCAGCAGGAAAAUAUCACUCUGGAGUCUUCCUGAAGUGCUGGCCUUUGAGCGUGGGCUCAAACAACUUGAAAAUACAAGUCCAUCUAAGAAGUUUAAGCCUGUGGCCAGUAAUUCUGAGGCAAAAGAUAAGGACCUUGCCAGCUCUGAUACUGGUCCAGAAACAGCAGUGUCAUCUAAUGGCUGUACAAAACAAGAGCAAAAACCAUUCAGAAUGGUGUUGAAAGCAGCAAGAAAGCUGCCACUAUCAAAGCCAACCCUCAAGGACUGCAAUUCUGAAGCAGAAGUGUGCUACUCAGCUAGUGAUGAGGCUACAGCAGCUAAGCUACCCUCAAAAUAUUUGAAACAGGAUUCAUCUGACAAAGUUGUCUCAAAGAAACAGAAAGGACUGUCUUCGCCAACAUCAUCGGGAAAACGAUCUUUUUCAGACACAUGCAAGGAAGAUGAAACCACUAAACACGCUCAGAAAUCGCCGCCUGGUAACAACAAGAAAAAGCCGGCGGUCGAAAUCCGUGCAUCUCAGGUGGGUGCUUCUGCAUCCAAGCUUUGGGGCAAAUUGUUUCCAGGAAAAACCAAAGUCACUGGAAAGUCUACUGAUGACAAGACACAGAAGCAGACAGUCACAAAAGCAUCACAGAUUCAAGAAAGGUUAGCAGCAAUCAGAGCUAGAAUCGACAGUCAAAGCAAUGCUUUCUCCAGUCAGUAUAUCGCUCCAAGCAGCAAACCGCAGUCCCCGGCCGGUGGAACUGAGGCACGGCGACCUCCUGAGAAGUCCGGCUCUCACUCUGCGCCACCGAGCAAAGCGGCGAGCUGUGCAGGCUCGGUACCGGCUACGACUGCUCAGGGCGCGCAGACCGGCGCCCCCUCCAAGGGAGCGGUCACCGCGCCGACACAGACUCCAACAGCAGGAGCGAAACGGGCUCUGAAUGCCCAGAAAAGUGGCCUGGUGGUCAGCAGGGGUCCUCAGCUGUACGACGACAUCCCAUUGCCGAAAGCCAGACGCCCGGCGCAGGAACCUCCGGUGCCGCCUCUCCCCCAGCAGCCCAGCGCCGCACUCAAGCACUACACCAUCCCGAAGCGGCCGCCUGUCUCGGAGCCGGGGGUCCCUUCACAAAGCGCCCCUCCGACUCAUCCGUCCGCCGUGCCGGGGGCUGAUGGGUCCGCUCCGUCAGGCUCUCCUGCUCGGGUGGCGGUGGUGCCGCCGCUCCCUCCCACCGCGCCGCCCGCUGACGGCUCCCCAGCGGCGGCGAGGGCGGCAGCCACGGCCUCAGCUGUGACAGAGGCCUCCUGGGUGAAUGGCUCGGUGGGAACCAGUCAGCGGCGGCAGCAGCCUGCUACAGACAUGACGAUAUGCGCGGAGACUGUCGUGCCGCCACUGCCGCCACCGCUACCCCCACAGCAGCCUCCAUCUCAGCCUCCUCCGCCGCCGCCUCCCCCGGCCCCUCCGACGCUGCAGCCACCGCUCCCACCACCACUGCUGCCGCCUGCACUCCUGCUGCCGCCCCCGCCACCGCCCCCGCCCCCGCCAGAGGAGGAGGCGCUGGAUGAGGAGGAACUGAUGGAGCUGGAUGAGCCGGACCUGAACGACGACCAAGUGCUCUCGCAGAUCGCCUGUGUCCGGGACGCCGACGGUGGUGCCCCGGUCGCCGAGCUGCCCUGGAGUCACCAGCUCGCCUCCGCCGGUACUGGGGCUCCUCAGUCCGGCUGGAGUCCCACCCAGCCGGCUCCCCCGGCCGCCGAGCCGGCUGCGCCCACACACCUCACGGUUGUACUGGACACGAACGUGCUGAUCCACGGCGUGGGCUUCGUGCUGGACCUGCGAGACUCGUUCAUAGAGGGUAUGCGGCCUCAGCUGCUGAUACCCUGGGUAGUCGUCCAGGAGCUGGAUCGACUGAAGCAGGACGGGCCCUCACGUGACCCCACUGUCUGCACGAAGGCGCGCGCCGCCAUCAAUUUCCUGCUCGAGUGUCUCCAGGCGCGUCAUCCCGCUGUCAGAGGCCAGACGACCGAGGAGGCGGCGGCGGCGCGCGGUCGAAUGGAGGGCCGCGUGGCCGAUGACGCCAUCCUCGAGUGCUGCCUGGCGGCCGGCCGGCGCGACCACCUGCUGCUGGUCUCCGACGAUAAGAACCUGCUGACCAAGGUGCUGCUGCACGGUCUGACCGGCGUCAACCGACAGCAGCUGCUCGAGAACACCGACCUCUGCGGCAUUACGGAUGAGCUAACAAUGACGGAAGAGAACCAGAUCUGCUUCGCCAAGAUCGUGCUUCGGAAAGUGCUGUCCUAUGUGAUCCGCCGUGAGAUGGCCCUCACCUACGGCACCGCGUGGCUGGCGCUGCCCGGUCUCCGCCGGCCCUGGUGGUCCCUGAGGGACCUGGUCUCGGUGGUCUGCAGCCACCGGACCGUGUUCAAGGCCGCGUUCGCAGACCGCUGGUCGCACUGGCAGCAGGUCCUCAAACUAUCCGUGCGGACGGUGCUGUCGGCGGAGGAGCGGCUCUCGCUGUGCUCCGGUCUGGUGACGCUGCUGCCGCUGCUCCAGCCCUCCGACCACUACCUGCCGCGGAUCCAGCCGCUGGUGGAGGCUCUCCGCUCGGGCGCCGCGCCGCCGGCCGCUGCGCUCGCCGCGCUGGGACCCUCCCUGGGGGGCCGGGCUGCCGCGCACUCCGAGCCGUCCCCUGCUCCGGCCGAGGGCGGUCCCUCCGACCCUCCCGAGGGUCGUGCCGUGUCCCUGGCGGCGGCGGUCCGGCAGCUGGACCGUCAGAACGGUGCCGGCUCCGCGGAGCGCCCCCCGCCGGGACCGGGCAGCCCCGCCCCGGCGGAGGAGGACGCCGACAGGACGGCCGGCACGCCGCCGCCACCCGACGAUGAUGACGCCGUGAUGGGGUCCGGUGGAGAGUCGCAGCAGGACAUGGACCCGGCCGAGGUGCUCGACCUGUUCCAGGCCGUCUGGGCAUACGUCAACACGUGCUGCGGCCUGCUGUUGGAUGCCGCCGGAGUACCCCAUCAGUACGAGUACGAGCGGCCGUCGGUACCGCCCAGCCCAGAGCAGUGCGCCGCGUUCCUCCCAGAGCUGGGCACCGCCGUACAAAACCUCAACGGUGCGCUCAAACGGCUGAUGUCGGUCUCGGUGGUGGCGCUCACCUCUGACCACGCACCACUGGUGGCCGCGUGUGACGCGCUGGGUGCCCUGGUGGCCCUCGCCGGCCACGAGGUCACCCUGGCGCCCCUGAAUCUACUCCGGUUCCUCCGGUCACCCGCCAACAGACUGCUGCUCGGAAAGGGUCUGGAGCAGCUGUCCGGCUUCCUGCGCACCCUGGAGGAGCUGCACAGGAUGGUCUCCUGACGACCACCCGCGCCGUGCCGUCCCGUGAUCAAACGUGCCUCGCACACGCACAGUACAAAGCUUCAGGCCUCCUGCAUGUGAUAUGACCCAGUUCUCAAGUUCAGAUGUUAAUAAGUGCGCAGAGACGUAUAUGCAGGUUACCAGUGUGCUGUGAUGACUGUUAUUUAUAUUUGAUAUGGUCCAGACGUUGAGCUUGGUAAUAUACUAUUGGGAAAUAUUGA